AUGGAGCCUUUAUCAGCCCAGAGCAACCAGCUAUCCAAGCGACGUCGCUUCCAAGCUCCAAUAACGUCGUACUUCGCCACCUCACCCACCUCAGCUUCUUGCUCUCAAUCGGAGACUUUUUCCCACUACAACUAUGCGGCGCGCACGAAUACACCUAAUCCUGUAUUGCCCAACAAGGUCCAGUCUUCCCUUUUAACCGUGGGAAUGCGUGUUCGCAAAGCCGUUCCAGAGGGAUACCAGACAAAGUUAAAAGUCUCAAAAUUAAACGCCUAUCCAUCUUCCCACGGUUCGACCCAUGCAGCAUCAUCAACGAAUAUAUAUGCGGAGCUACAGCCAUACUGUGGAGGAUUCAAAGUGGGAAACCUUGCAGUGCAGUCUUUCCCUAGUUGUACCUGGGAAGAGCACGAGGGCGGACCUACACGACUAGACGAGGAAUCGAUACCCAUUGGCAGCCAGGAAUCACUAGAGUCUAUGGAUCUUACCCCACUGAAUCCAAAUAAGCGUUUGUAUGAGCAGGAAGAGGAUGCCAGUCAGGAGCUGGAAAAUGCUGGCCCUUGUUAUCCGCAGGCAUCCCUACCCUUUACACUCAGCAACUAUAUUUCACCAAGAACGAUUCUCCAGCCCAAAUUGCGGCAACGGACAAAGAAGUCCACCGCCAACUGGAACGAGACUAAACAUACCCCCGCCAAUAGCAAACCGGACCUUGUAUGGGAGCUAUCCGAACGUGAAAACUAUAGCCCGAUUGUGGAUCUGCAUGCGACAGAUUUUGGGGAAGCAUCGUUUUUGCGGCGAAGGGAAGAAGUUGAUGAAGAUUUUAAAAUGAGUGACAUCUAA